CCCCGCCUCAAGGGAAGCUCGGCUCUCGGCUUUUCAAGAUCGGAAGUUCCCUGCACCAAGACCAGCAGCGACCCCGCCCACAGAUUUUUAGGGAGCCCUUCCCCCUGGCCUCCGAGACUCAGGGACUCCCCCCCACCCCCAUCCAAAAUUCUUAGGAAGUGCACACGUGCUGGGCUCACUGGGAAGAACCUCCGAGACUCCACGGGAGAGUUUACUGUGUCCCCCCGCCCAAAGAUUGUCAGGGAGCCCUGCCCCCCCCCCCGACUUCCCGGGAGGCAGCUCGUGGCCACGAGUCUGGAGAAGAACAUUCACUGGUUAAGCGAUUCCUGAAGAGCCUGGAGGCUGACUUUUGAACCCGGACCUGGAUGGCCAUGUCAAAGGAUAGUUAAAUAAUAAAAAGCACGUCGUGUUCUAGAACCUUGUCUGAGCUCCCCCAACCCCCAUCGAACGGUGGCUGGACUUGUUGGCCAGGGAGCCUCUCCAGCCUGGAUUUUCCUGAAGAGAGCUUCGUAAGGUGGUCCUGAACAUUCUCCAGAGCAUCCUGAAAAGUUGACCCUCUGUCAGUACAGAUUGAUUGUCUCUCUGGAGGCCUCUUUUCAUGUCCUUCCGAAAUUAACUCUCAAGAAGAACUGUGGCACCUCAACUAGAAUUUUUUUGGUAUAGAAAGCAUUAGGAUAAGCAAUUAAAAGCAUAAUAAGUUUUCUGGGUGGGCCUAGAGACCCACAUGUUCAGAUUUUGACAAGACUUAGCAGUCAUGGCAUUUACUAAUUACAGCAGUCUGAAUCGAGCUCAGCUGACAUUUGAAUAUCUACAUACAAAUUCAACCACCCAUGAGUUCCUGUUUGGAGCCCUUGCUGAGCUCGUGGACAAUGCCAGAGAUGCAGAUGCCACCAGAAUAGAUAUUUAUGCAGAGCGCCAGGACAACCUCCAGGGAGGCUUCAUGCUCUGCUUUCUGGAUGAUGGCGCGGGAAUGGAUCCAAGUGAUGCCGCCAGCGUCAUACAGUUUGGGAAGUCAGCCAAGCGGACCCCCGAAUCCAUGCAGAUUGGGCAGUAUGGCAACGGCUUAAAAUCGGGGUCCAUGCGUAUUGGGAAGGAUUUUAUUCUCUUCACCAAGAAGGGUGAUACCAUGACCUGCCUCUUCCUGUCUCGCACAUUUCAUGAAGAAGAAGGUAUUGAUGAGGUGAUUGUACCACUGCCCACCUGGAGUGCCUGUACUCACCAGCCCGUUACAGAAAACAUGGACAAGUUUUCCACUGAGAUUGACCUCAUCUAUAAGUAUUCACCCUUUAAAUCAGAGCAGCAAGUGAUGGAUCAAUUUAAGAAGAUCUCUGGGGAGUCGGGAACGCUGGUUAUCAUCUUUAACCUCAAACUCACGGACAAUGGCGAGCCUGAGCUGGACAUUGUGUCGGACCCCCGCGACAUCCAGAUGGCUGAAACGUCCCCUGAGGGCACGAAGCCGGAGCGCCGCUCCUUCCGUGCCUAUGCUGCCGUCCUCUACAUAGACCCCAGAAUGAGGAUCUUCAUCCAUGGCCACAAAGUGCAGACCAAGCGACUUUCCUGCUGCUUGUAUAAGCCCAGGAUGUACAAGUAUACCUCCAACCGCUUCAAGACAAGAGCUGAACAGGAGGUGAAAAAGGCUGAGCACGUGGCCCGCAUAGCGGAAGACAAGGCUCGGGAGGCUGAGAACAAAGCCCGAGCAUUGGAGCUGAGACUUGGAGGAAACCUCACCCGUGAAUCCAGGGUGGCCCUGCGGCAGGUCCAGGGCACCGCCAUUAACCUGCGCCGGGAAGCGGACAUUAAGAAGCGCAUCAAAGAGGCCAAACAGCGGGCCCUCAAGGAACCCAAGGAGCUUAACUUUGUCUUUGGGGUGAACAUCGAGCAGCGGGAUCUGGACGGCAUGUUCAUAUACAAUUGUAGUCGCCUGAUUAAGAUGUAUGAGAAGGUGGGCCCGCAGCUCGAGGGAGGCAUGGCCUGUGGGGGGGUCGUUGGCGUGGUGGACGUGCCCUAUCUGGUCCUGGAGCCCACCCACAACAAGCAGGACUUUGCUGAUGCCAAGGAAUACCGGCAUUUGCUAAAAGCGAUGGGCGAACACCUGGCCCAGUACUGGAAGGAUGUGGCCAUCGCCCAGCGGGGAAUCAUCAAGUUCUGGGAUGAGUUUGGCUACCUCUCGGCCAACUGGAGCCAGCCGCCGUCUAGUGAGCUUCGCUACAAGCGGAGGAGGGCCAUGGAGAUUCCCACCACGAUCCAGUGUGAUUUGUGUCUGAAGUGGCGGACGCUGCCCUUCCAGCUGAGUUCUGUGGAGAGGGACUACCCGGACACGUGGGUGUGCACGAUGAACCCUGAUGCUGAACAGGACAGCUGCGAUGCAUCUGAGCAGAAGCAAAAGGUUCCCCUGGGGACCCUGAGGAAGGAUUUGAAGACCCAGGAGGAGAAGCAGAAGCAGCUGACGGAGAGGAUCCGGCAACAGCAGGAGAAGCUGGAGGCCCUGCAGAAGACAAUUCCGAUCCGAUCCCAAGCUGACCUGAAGAAGUUACCCCUGGAAGUGAGCAGCAGGCCUGCCAUGGAGGAGUCCCAUACCAUCCGUCGACUUCCGCGCCCUAGGUCCCCCCCACUUCCAGCUGUGAUUAAGAAUGCUCCAAGCCGACCCCCACCCCCACCUCCCCCGCCCCUACCAACUCCCAGACCAGUCUUCCAGGCCAGAAGGGGCCCUCUGGCCAUCUCCCCGAGACCAGCCCAGGAGGAAGCCAGCACAUCCAGGAUGUCCCACCCAAUUCUGGCUCCCCGGAAGUCCAGUGGCACCAUUGUCAAACCGGCUCACAGAAUGGUCUCCGUGGUGAGGUCCCCCACAUCGCUUGUGCUGAAUUCCAGGCCCCCCCGUGACGUGCCCAUCCCCAAACCGGUGAAGACCCCAGUGCUCAAGAAGCCAGACCCGCCCAGUAAACCUCAGAUUGUCAGUGCCCGGAAGAGGAGCUUUCCUCUGAUGGAAGACGAGGCUGAGGAUGAUGCUGACAGGAGGAAGGAGAAGCCCAAGCGGGGCAAAGUGUUCAUAGUGAAAGAUGAGAAGAAGGAUUCGAGUGAAGUCGUUGUAGAGCUCUCGGACAGUGCCAGUGAAGAAGACCUGGCAGAACUGAAAAGAGCCCAGAAAGACAAAGGGCUGCACGUGGAGGUGCGCGUGAACAAGGAGUGGUACACGGGCCGCGUGACUGCCGUAGAGGUGAGCAAGCACGUGGUACGCUGGAAGGUGAAGUUCGAUUACGUGCCCACCGACACCACGCCGAGAGACCGCUGGGUCGAGAAAGGCAGCGAUGACGUGCGGCUGAUGAAGCCCCCCUCACCUGAGUAUCAGAGCCCCGACACGCAGCAGCAAGAGGAUGAAGAUGUGAUCGCCAUCGAGCCUUCGACCUCCGACUGCAUCCGCAUUGAGCCGGACACCACAGCACCCAACAGCAACCAGGAGAGCGUGGACCUGCUGGUCCAGACCCUUCGGAAUUGUCUCCGGUAUUUCCUGCCUCCCAACUUCCCCAUCUCAAAGAAGGACCUGAGUUCGAUGAGCCCGGAUGAGCUGAUGGCCUUUCCUCUGAAGGAGUAUUUCAAACAGUAUGAGGUAGGUCUGCAGAAUCUGUGCAACUCAUACCAGACCCGUGCUGACGCCCGUGCCAAGGCCUCCGAGGAGAACCUGCGUGCCUCUGAGAGGAAGCUGCGAGAAACCGAGGAGAAGCUGCAGAAGCUGAGGACGAACAUUGUGGCCCUGCUCCAGAAGGUGCAAGAGGACAUCGACAUCAACACCGAUGACGAGCUGGACGCCUACAUCGAAGACCUGAUCACCAAGGGAGACUGAGGCGGGUGCCGGCGAGGCAGCCUGGAGGGUGGGCGCUAUGGCCAGGGCAGCCCAGGCAGCUGCAGGGGGCAGUGCCUCGCCUGGCACAGAGGCACCCUGGCACCGCGGGACACUUGUGUCGCCGCAAGGGAACCUUUGAAACCUUGUAGUUCUUCAGAUCCCCUCCCUUGUUCAUAAAUAUUUAUUUUUAAUGAAAUGAGAGCCCACGAGGUGAUGCUUUUUCAUUUUCAGCCACAGGAGGCCUUCUGCCUGGGGGUUGGUUCUGCUAGAAGCCCGCUCCUCUCCCCCUCCUUAUGCCCCUGCUUAUGGUGGUGGCAGCAUCCUCGGCUCUCUGGGAUGAAGACUCCAAAGGAGGGUCGGGGCCUUCUGGGACCAAUACCUGGCAGAAUCAGUGAAUUGAGGAAGUGAUGAGGAAGAGGCAGGUGUGCCAGGGGCAUCCUGGCAAGUCCUCUGCCCUCAGGAGAGUGGGAUCCAGGAGGACGCCCUUCCCUGGCCUGCUGAAAAUAAAAGGUUUCGGCUCUGUGCCCGCCAUCUUUGUUUCUUCCUCACCUGGCUUGGGGACGCUUCCCACCGUGUUACACCGGGCUGUAACCUGGGCUCGAGCCACUGGGUGCCCUUGGGUCAGAGCCUUCCCCCCUGGGCCUCAGUUUCCUCUUCUGAAAAAGGAGGACUGUGGGACUCGGCGGUUUCUAAGGACCCUCCUGGCACGGGCCUAAUCUCUCCAAGUCGGAACUUGGCGCCAACCGCCUGGGUGCAAAUGACACCUGCAGCCGUGUCCUUAGCAGAGUCGGCUCCUGUUUUCUGUCCUGGAUCGCUGAGCACGAGCUCGUGUUUGGAAUGUGUAGUCUGUCCCUAAGCUGUAUCUGCAGAUGUGCAUAUAUAUUCACGUGUAUGUGUGGUGAGGGUGGUCUACACCUGCGACUUCACUGGCCUGGGGCAUCGAGAGGGGUCUGUGCGCCUGAGGGCGCAGCCAGGACCAGGCCGGCCUCUGGGGAAAUGUUGCUCCUGGAGUCAGAAAGACCCGAGUUCAAGUCUGGCCACAGACACCAGUUUGGGGCCCUGGGCAAUUCAUGUCACCAUGGCCUGCCUCAGUUUUUCUCUUCUGUAAAAUGGGGUGAUGAGAGCCCCUCCCUCCAGGGUGGUUGUGAGGAUCAAAUGAGAGAAUCCGGGUGGAGUGCUGGGGAAGCCUUAACGCGCGCUGUGUGCGCUAGCUGCUGCUGUUACUAUCAUUACUGUUGUCAUUGAAGACCUUGAGAGGCCGAGGGAUUUGUUCAUCCCAGUGGUGUCAGAGGCAGGAUUUGAACCCAGCUCUCUGUACUCCCAAGUCUGGUGCUGUGUCCUCUACACCAAUGGUGUCCAACUCAUGGAAACAGGGACCACUGUGCCGCGCGUGGAUCCCUGUGGGCCGUACGUCGACUCUAUUUCAGAAUGUAGUAUCUCUGUUUGAUUGUAUUUUUAUCUGUUAUGUUAAGUAUUUCCCAAUUACAUUUCGAUCUGGUUCCUGCUUGUUGUGGGCCAGCCUCUCUGAUCUUCA